AUGGUGCUGGAGUCCAAAUGGGCCGAUGCCCCAGAUGUGCCCAAGAAGAAAGCUCCCCAUCAAAAGAAGGCUCCUCAAAAGAAGGCCAACGUUACUGCUAAGAAGGUUCAAGAGGAGAAGCCAAGGUUAACUUUCAGUCUCAAGGAGAAACCAAAGGAUAAUACUGAUAAAAAGGCUUUGUUGAAGAAAAAGAUCGAAGAGCAAAGACAGAUUUAUGAGAAGAAUCAACAUCAGAAGCAACAGAAAGAGUUGUUGGAAAGUUUCUUGAACGAUGACGGAGGCUUCCAAUGGUCAGAUGAAGACGAAGAGGAUAAGAUUCUGGAGAAGUUGAACACGUCACUAAAACUAUAA